ACUCUGUGGGUUCAAAAUAUGGCUUCGCGAACUGUUUAUUGUAUUUGCGGUGAACCUUAUGAUUCACUUAGAUUUAUGAUACAGUGUGAUUCUUGUAAAGACUGGUAUCAUGGAAGUUGUGUCAAUGUUAAAGAACAUGAAUCUGUGGAUAUUGAAAAAUACCACUGUGUACAGUGUCAAGAUAUUGUUGGUCCAUCAGUUUAUCGUGAAGUGAAAAAUUAUCAUAGACACGAUUAUGGUGAUUCUGAAGCUGAAGGAAAGGCUGUACAAUCUGGAACACCAGUUUUUGUCAAAGAACUCAGGUCUAGGCAUUUUAAAAGUGCUGAUGAUAUUGUUAUUCGUCUGCGUGGACCACAGCUGUCACUUCCAUAUUUGAUACAAAAUGGUUUCAAUUAUCCUAUACUUGUUGAUUCAAAAGUUGGCUUGGGUAUUCAGAUGCCUUCAGACUCAUUUACUGUUAGUGAUGUCAUGGAUUAUGUUGGCCCCAACUUUCCCUUAGACGUCAUUGAUGUAGCUCGGCAAGAAAAUAUCCGCAUGCCGAUGUCUGAAUGGGCAGAAUACUUUAACAGUCCUGUUCGAAGCAAAGUGUAUAAUGUCAUUAGUUUGGAGUUUUCUAAAACUAGAUUAUCUGAACUGGUGAAACCACCAACUAUUGUACAGAAGCUAAGUUGGGUUGAAAAUUAUUGGCCCAAAAAUUCUGAAACUCAUACACAGUUCUGCCCACAAGUGAUGAAAUACUGCCUUAUGAGUGCUCAAGAUAGUUAUACAGAUUUUCACAUUGACUUUGGGGGCACAUCUGUGUGGUAUCAUAUAUUGCGUGGAGAGAAACUCUUUUUCCUCAUUCAGCCUACUCCGGCCAAUCUUGCACUAUAUGAACACUGGAUGGCAUCUUCAAAUCAAAGUGAAACAUUUUUUGGUGAUCAGGUUGACGUUUGUUAUCAGAUGCUUCUUACACAUGGUCAGACAUUGUUUAUUCCCACUGGUUGGAUACAUGCUGUUCUAACACCUGUUGAUUCUAUUGUAUUUGGAGGCAAUUUCCUUCAUUGCUUAAAUAUACCUCUUCAGCUCCACAUUCAUGAAAUGGAGAAACGAAUAAAUACCCCAGAAAAAUAUAAAUUCCCAACAUUUGAAACAGUGCAUUGGUUUGCAGCACCUCACAUUUUGGAACAGCUUAAAGAUAAUAAUGUUAGCAAACGGGAACUAAAUUAUUUAGUGACUGGAGCGAAGGCAUUAGUUUCUGUUCUAAAAAUAUGGAGUUCUGACAGUCAGAAUCAUAAGCAUGAUGAUGUACCACCUGGGAUAAAUGUAACUAAACUCAUAAAAGACCUUCAACGAGAAGUCCGAAUAGCAGAGAAAUAUGCAAGUAGUAAAAAUCCUGCAUUAGCUGCUCGAAAGACUCCUCUGCGACAAAAGAGGCAAAAGGAAAUAAUUGCUAAGCCUAUAAAAAGGACUAUAAAGCAGGCUCCCACAGAAUCAGAAAAGAAUUUAAAUUUAGUUUCUAAAUUUUCUCUCAAGCCCAAACUGUUGUCAAACUCUGAUCCUUUUUAUGGUAACUUCAAUUUUCAAUCUCAGAGCUCUGACAUAAAGUUUCAUCUACAAGAUUCUAAAAUGAUGUUAGAUCAAAUGAAUAUGGGCUUAAAUCCUUCCCUUUUUGUUGAUUCUCAACUGAAAGAUGGACUUGUACCUCAUAGAAAUAGCUCUGUCCCUUUUGGCAUUGCUAAUGCAUGUAAAGAAGAGGAUGUUCCUGUCAAAAAGGAGUCUGUGUAUGACUUUGUCGAUUCAGAUGAUGACAACUUAGUUGUUGAUGAAAAUCCAACUAACAGCAAAAAACAAAGAGUAGAAUAUAAAAAGCAAGUUAUUUCCCAAGAAGCAUCAGAAAUGCAACCCGGGGCUCUUAGGCUUCGCUUAUCCUUCAAUGGAAAACCUGUAGAAGGCAGUUUCAACUCAGUUUCAAGUGGUUUAUUGUCACCACCACCACCACAAGAUGAUAGUAAUGCAGAAGUACCAAAAAAUGCCACUAUAGAUGAUCUUCUUGUUGCAACUGGCCUAGCUGUUGAGACAGAAAGCAGUGUUAGUCUAGAUGAGGAUGUGUUAAC